UGUUUCACACUAUGUGCUGACUGUCUGUACUUACAGAAGAUAUUUAAAAGCAAGCAAAAACAUUUUUUCAAAGAUUUUGAUUCCAGUGGAAUCUGCUCUUUUUAGAUUUUGUCUAGUGAAUUAAUUCCUGAAGCAAUGCCUGUACAAGCUCCACAAUGGACGGAUUUUCUCUCCUGCCCAAUUUGCACACAGACUUUCGACGAAACAAUCCGGAAACCCAUCAGUUUGGGCUGCGGUCACACUGUCUGCAAGAUGUGCCUCAACAAGCUCCACCGUAAGGCAUGUCCCUUUGACCAGACCACUAUCAAUACAGAUAUUGAGCUCCUUCCUGUGAACUCAGCAUUGCUGCAGCUAGUGGGUGCUCAGGUUCCUGAACAGCAGCCAAUUACUUUGUGCAGUGGAGCUGAAGACACCAAACAUUAUGAGGAAGGCAAGAAGUGUGUAGAAGAGCUAGCAUUGUACCUCAAACCACUCAGCAGUGCAAGAGGUGUAGGUCUGAACAGUACCACUCAGAGUGUGUUGAGUCGUCCCAUGCAAAGGAAACUUGUGACAUUAGUCCACUGCCAACUAGUAGAAGAAGAAGGGCGGAUCAGAGCCAUGCGUGCAGCAAGGUCACUGGGUGAAAGAACAGUCACAGAGCUCAUUCUUCAACAUCAGAAUCCUCAGCAACUCUCUUCCAAUCUCUGGGCUGCAGUGAGGGCUAGGGGCUGCCAGUUUCUUGGACCAGCGAUGCAAGAAGAAGCCCUGAAGUUGGUCCUUCUGGCUCUGGAAGAUGGAUCUGCUUUGUCGCGAAAGGUCUUGGUUCUUUUUGUGGUACAGAGACUGGAGCCACGAUUUCCUCAAGCUUCUAAAACCAGUAUUGGGCAUGUUGUCCAGCUCCUUUAUAGAGCCUCCUGCUUCAAGGUUACCAAACGUGAUGAGGACUCCUCCCUGAUGCAGUUGAAGGAGGAGUUCCGAACCUAUGAGGCUUUGCGGAGGGAACACGAUUCUCAGAUUGUGCAGAUUGCCAUGGAGGCAGGUUUACGGAUUGCACCAGAUCAGUGGUCCUCACUGCUGUAUGGAGACCAGUCCCACAAAUCCCACAUGCAGUCCAUCAUCGACAAGUUGCAGACCCCGGCCUCAUUUGCACAGAGUGUUCAGGAACUAACCAUUGCUCUCCAGCGUACUGGAGACCCAGCCAAUCUGAACCGGCUUCGACCUCAUUUAGAGCUCCUGGCUAACAUCGAUCCUAGUCCAGAUGCCCCAUCCCCAACUUGGGAACAACUGGAAAAUGGACUAGUUGCAGUAAGGACUGUGGUACAUGGACUAGUUGAUUACAUCCAGAAUCACAGCAAGAAAGGAACAGAUCAGCAACAGCCUCCUCAGCACAGCAAGUAUAAAACAUACAUGUGCCGAGACAUGAAGCAAAGAGGGGGGUGUCCCCGUGGGGCCAGCUGCACCUUUGCACACUCACAAGAGGAGCUAGAAAAAUUUCGUAAAAUGAACAAACGUCUGGUUCCCAGAAGACCCCUGAGUGCCUCCUUGGGUCAGCUUAAUGAGGUGGGCCUGCCUUCAGCAGCUAUCCUCUCAGAUGAAGGGGCAGUGGACUUGCCCAGUAGAAAAUCCUCUGCCCUGCCGAAUGGAAUUGUGUCAACGGGCAGCACAGUGGCGCAGCUUAUCUCACGAGGGACCGACUCCAGCUAUGAUUCAGCUCUGAAACCAGGGAAGAUCGAUCACCUGAGCAGCAGUGCCCCUGGAUCCCCUCCUGACUUGCUGGAGUCUGUCCCUAAGAGCUCACUUCCAGCCUUACCAGUGAACCCACACCCUGUGCCCACUAGAGGUCCAGCAGACCUGCCUCCGAUGUCUGUCUCCAAGCAGAUGCAAAUGGUUCCACGAGGGUCCCAGUUAUAUCCUGCUCAGCAACCAGAUAUGUUUUAUCAGGAUCCUAGAGGAGCUGCCCCACCCUUUGAUCCAGGACCUUAUCAACAAGGAGUGUACUAUCCUACUCAGUCCUCGCAGUGCAUGCCUCGUUUCGUCCGACCUCCAUCAGCUCCUGAACCUGGUCCUCCUUAUUUAGAGCAUUACCCGGCUUAUCUCCCGGACCGCGUGGUGAACUCCCAGUACACGCCACCACAACAGUAUCCUCCAAUGGGGCAACCCAUUUACCCACCACACUAUGACAGUCGUCGUGUGUAUCCCCCUGCUCAACCAUACCAGCGAGAAGAUAUUGUCAGAGGAAGCCCUGUGCCCAUUGAAAUUCCCCAGACAGCUGUGCCUCCAUAUGUACAGGAAUCCAGGGACAGAUAUCAGCAAAUGGAGGGUUAUUGUCCAGUGGCUCCACAUCUUGGUCAGAUCAGACCUUCAUGCCACAGAGAGCCUUGUAACAGAUUUCCAUCUUCACCUCAGCCCCAUCCUAGUCUGGAUGAGCUUCACCGCCGACGGAAAGAAAUCAUGGCCCAGCUAGAAGAGAGGAAGGUGAUCUCCCCACCUCCCUUUGCACCCUCACCAACUCUGCCUCACACUUUCCACCCAGAGGAGUACUUGGAUGAAGACCUGAAGGUAGCUGGGAAAUACAAAGGAAAUGACUAUAGUCAGUACUCUCCCUGGUCAUGUGACACCAUUGGCUCCUACAUUGGAACCAAAGAUGCAAAACCCAAAGAUGUUGUGGCAGCAGGGAGUGUGGACAUGGCGAAUGUAGAUAAUAAAACCAUUCGUGAUCAGCGGUUGGACAUGCAGAGAAGAGCAGCAGAGUCAGGGGAUGAUGAUCUCAUCCCAUUUGGAGACCGGCCAACUGUAUCGAGGUUUGGGGCCAUCUCGCGUACUUCCAAAGCGAUGUACCAGAGUUCUGGCCCUAUGCAGGCCAUGGCAGUUCAGGGAGCUUCCACCAAAUCUAUGAACAUAUCAGAUUACAGUCCAUAUGGAACUCAUGGCAGUUGGGGAAGUUCUCCAUAUUUACCCCAUCAAAAUAUACCUUCUCAGGGACGGUUCAGUGACAGGGAGAGGUUAUCCAUGUCAGACAUUAGUGGUCAUGGGAAAACUUUGCCCUCAGCUGAGAGGGAGCAGCAGCUCAGAUUGGAACUGCAGCAGCUAAACCAUCAGAUCAGCCAGCAGACGCAACUGAGAGGACUAGAGGCUGCUAGUAACAGGCUGCUGUUGCAGAGGGAGGCGACUACCCUGGCAGGCCAGCCACAGCCCCCACCGCCACCUUCUAAGUGGCCUGGAAUGAUCUCAAGUGAACAGCUGAGUUUGGAGCUUCAUCAGGUGGAGAGGGAAAUUGGGAAGAGAACUCGUGAGCUGAGCAUGGAGAGCCAGUCUUCACUGGAUAUGAAAAGCAAAUUGGGCACCAGUAAACAGACAGAAAAUGGACAGCUAGAGCCGCAAAACAAGGUUCCGGCUGAAGAUCUGGCACUGACAUUCAGCAGUGAUGUUCCAAAUGGAUCAGCCUUGACACAAGAGAAUAUCAGCCUCCUUUCAAACAAGACCACAUCUCUGAGCCUGACAGAGGACCCAGAGGGUGGAGGAGACAACCAUGACUCCCAGCGAACAGGAGUUACGCCCACCUCUGCUCCAUGAAGUGAAGAAAGCAUCUCCCAGAAGUUCUGCUGGGGGGUGUUGGUAGCUUGUCAUGUUCACUUCCAGGGGUGAUCAGAGAAACCCAAGAAUAACAGCAGCAGCAGCAAGUCCAGAGGCAAUGUGCAUAAACACCACUCCUAGAAACAAACCCUGCACAUAGUUCACAUUAAUGCGUUUUUUAAUUAAAAAAAUGAAAAUUAGCAGUAUCUGCAAGCAAUUCAAAUUAAAUUUGUUUUUGUUCUGUGAAUGA